UAGAGUUCGAAAGAAAAAAUAGCGAAUAUAUAUUACGUUAAAUCAAACAUGGGUCGAGUUCAAUGCCAUUUCAUUAAAAAAAGUUCGAACCCAAUUUGACCCGAUUGUAUCAAUUAUUACCGUCCCUCUUUUCCUUCGGCUUCCAUACUACUUGUAAGAACAGUAAACAGCUAUGAAAUCAUGGAGUAUGAUUCUCAGUGAAAGGGGGAAGUUCGUAUACAAAGUAUACAAAGCACUAACGUUCACUCUUUCUCCAUUGAUCCACCUUCAUCUUCGAUUUCGCAAAUUGCGAGGUCUAGAACAUUCUAUAAGAUGGCGUGAGCGUCUUGGUCGUCCUUCUCUUCCUCGUCCUUCCGGCGAUCUUCUCUGGUUUCAUGCCGUUUCUCUUGGGGAAGGAAUGGCUGCAAUACCGAUGAUUAAACGCUGUUUGCUGGAACGUCCGGAUUUCAAUGUUCUCAUGACUACAACUACGCUUUCUGCAUUUGAGGUUCUAAAACACAAACUUCCCCCUGCUGUCAUAUAUCAGUUUGCUCCACUAGAUUUACCUGCUUCGGUGGAUGCUUUUCUUAGCUACUGGAAACCAAAUGCUGUUAUUUUGUUGGAGAGUGAAUUGUGGCCAAAUGUCGUAAUGGCUGCAACAGAGAGAAAUAUAACAUUGACUUUGCUAAAUGCUCGAAUGUCUGAAAGAUCUUUUAGACUCUGGUCUACACCUGCUGCUUUUCCACUAAUCGCCUUGAUGCUGUCAAAGUUUUCCUUGAUUGUGCCUUUGAGCACCACAGAGGCCAUCCGAUUUCAGCUACUGCAAGCACCACCAUUCAAAGUUGGCGUUUGUGCUGACUUGAAAUAUUGUGUUGGAGAAAUUGAAGCUUCAACAAAUGUUAUGAAAGGCAUUGAAAAUUUGCGGACUCAACUUAGUUAUAGGCAGGUUUGGAUGGCUUCAUCAGUACAUGAUGAAGAACUUGAAGUGAUGCUUCGAGUUCACCAAAUGUUGGUCCAAAACCACCCAAAAUUACUGACUGUUAUUGUGCCCCGACAUCCACAAGUUGGCAUAGACUUUGCUCAGGCUAUGAAGAAUCAAGGAUUGAAUGUCGCUGUGAGGUCUGAUGAUGGCGAACUUACAUCAGCAACAAAUAUCUAUGUGGCUAAUACAUUAGGUGAACUAAGAGAAUUCUACAGGUUGAUGCCCAUUUCAGUAAUUGGUGGGUCUUUCCUGCCGUCUUUAGCAGGUCAUAAUAUUUCAGAAGCCAUGUGUGCCGGAUGUGCUGUUCUGACAGGUCCUCAUGUUGGUCACUUCUCACAUAUGAUUUCUGCAAUGCAUAGUUUCAAUCCUUUAUCCGUUUUACAGGUUUCUGGAGAACUAGAGUUAAUUAACGCCCUCCAUGAACUCUUAAGUCAUCCCAAUAUUUUGGAAGCUCGGAAAUCUGUUGCCAAAGAAGCAUUCUAUGCAUUGUCGUGUGGAGUUCUGUCGCGGGUGUGGAUACAACUUAAUUGGUUUAUUCUCAAAAGGCUUUCUACCAUGGAUGUGCAAAUUAAAAUGAAGCCCUUAUAAGUACCGAGGAAAAGAGUUAGUUGACGGCAGUGAAUAUUGUGCUUGAUCCACGCGAAGCUGGUAAGAUCGUUGCCUUCAUCCACCACGAUCAGUGAUUAUAUUUUGGAUUCAGGGUAAACUUAGUUUCAGCCUUCCUCAGUAUUUACUUCUUUGUCAAGGCAACAUGAUCGAGCUGAUGUGGUUUUUGCCUUCACAAAUAACAACUGUGACCAAUUAACCAUAACCGAUGUAAGAUUUGCAGUCAAAAAUAACCGAUCAAUAGAUACUAUCCCAAAUCCUUGGUUCAUUAAUUGGUGCAGUCAGGUGAUACACUUUUUAGAAAAGCAUGAGUCCAGUUGGGAUCAUAGCCCAUAGGUAUGCUCAAUUUCCAUACCAAUAUAUUGGCAACUGAAGAGAUCCCUUGGUACCUUGUGCCAUAUGGCCUUGUGCAUAAGGCCAUACCCUAGAGUACCAGCCCCCUGAGCUCUGGUGGGUUAUGAGACAGAUUGCCUGUUUUAUCUUGAGAAAAACUGAGUCGGUCGCUUAUGUUUCGGGAGUGCUAGCUUUCUUCGACAUGAUUGUUUUUUCUUUUGUGCUAUCUACAUCGGAUUAGUUAUGUUAUAGAAUGAAAUGCUUUGAAGAGUUGCUCUAAUUCAUGCACUUGUGAAGAUGUGAAAUUGGCUCGUUCAUCAGAUUUUCACUUGCUUUCGUCUGCUGAACUGAACAGUCGUGAACAUUCUAAAAUGUGCUCACUGCUCAGUGUAUAACUGGAUGGAUUUGGGCUGGUCUAACAAUCUACUGUAUUGUGCAGUAUUUGAAGCAGAAAAUUAAGAACCUGUCAGUACUCAAUAACCAGUUAUGCAAAAAUGAACUGGAAGUUUAUCUAUUUGGUUUUUGCAUAUUUUUACUUCCAUUAUUUCAGUUGUAUUCUUGAACAUUACCAAAUAUGUUUUGUAGAAGUACUCUGUUGUUGAGGUAUAAGAAAAAAAUUAUACGUAUUAAAAUCUA